AGUACAAUGGAUUAACGUUGUGAGCACAUUAACACUAAGUUCAACGAAGCGAUUAUCGUGUUCGUCGACUGUAAACAACAAAGCCAUGGACGCGAAGAAAAAGACGCUAAAUAAUCAAUAAUGUSAUGAUUGAAGCGAGAUGAAUUGAUUUUAUAAGAGACGUGGAGGCGUUUUGAAUGAAGAUAAAAAGUUUUUGACUCGCUUAUGGGAAGUUAAAAAAAUCACCGCCAUACGCUGAAUAAUUCAACACCGAAAAAACUACUUUCCCUAAGAAACGAAAUUGAACGACAAAGUAUCGCAUUACAAUCCUUGCUGUGAAUAUAUCGCCAAUACAAACAUCGGGUCCCGACGAAAUGAAGCCGUAGGACUUCUUUUGAAAAGAAUACUAAAUCAUACUGAGUUUCCAUGGAUUUAUGGACUGAUUUAACAACAAGUGAUAUUCCACCAGCUCAUAUUCUAGGACAAGCCGUUUACUUAUCUUGGGUAAUACAGACAGACACCUGGAAGAAGUCCUGGACAUUUCACGUGGUAUUUUUUAGUUUUUGCUUUAGUUUUUUAGCAAUUUAUUCAGUCUAUGGCGUCGUUCGCUCACAGAUACGCAAAGAAAAAGUCAUACGGAUUCUUGCAUACAUUGUUCAUAUCCUGAUUGGCCUUCUUGGCCUUACAAGACUGCUGACUCUAAGUGUCUUCUCAAGUGAAAUCAAAGCAACUUCAGUGAACAACAACCUUUAUAAAGUUGUUUCUAGAAUAAUAUUUGGCAUCGGCUUCCCUUGUAUUACAUCCGCGUUUGCACUCGUUCAAAUCUCAUUCACCGAAGCCUUGAAAGGGAAACUUUCGACAUCGAAACUAGGAAAUUUCACAUUCAUUGGACUUGUUAUUUCAUUUCAUUUUUUGGUAGUUUUAAUUGUUGGUACUUUAACUACGGUUAUCAGUAACCUCUUCGUUUUAUUUUUUGCUACUAAGUUUUACUUCCUGAUAAUGACUGCUGUUACUAUGGUGAUUAUGCUGUACAGCGGUUGUAAGGUAUUGUCGCAUGUUGCAGAGCAUGAACGAGCUCUAAGCGACCUUAAUCAACAUUAUGGUUCUACUUUAGCCCUUCGUGAAAGAACUGAGAGUAAUACCGAGAGAGACAAGAAAAGAAGUCUACUUAAAAUCAAAAUUAUCCUGUUUUUGACGAGUUUAUUUUGUUUGCUUAUUUGUGGAAUGGAGAUUCAUUCAAUUGCUGAACUUGCGGAACUUUUGGCGGGAAAAGACGGCGCGCUUGCGCCUUGGUCGUGGUACGUUUACCAAACGUUUUUCCGAUUGGCUGAGCUUGGUUUGGCGGGAACAAUCUUAUACACUAUGGCUCCCCAGGAACUGACAGAUAAUAAAAACUACUUUAAUAAUGAGAAAUUGCACUGGAAAAAUAUCUUUAGACAAGACAAGAAAGAUAAAAGUAGCAAGAAAAGUAAAAAUGAUAAAGGUGGUGAUGUUGGUACUAUGGCGAUGGUUAACAGAGCUUAUGAUCAAAGAACAUACAAUUAGUUAAAAGUGAGCUUGUUUAAAAUAAUAAUAAAAAAGGCGAUUACAACGAUGUGUUUUUGUUACGUACACUAUUAACAGCUGCAAGUGCAAUUAUCAUGAUUAGUUUAUAAGCUAAGUCUGAUACAUGAAAAAAAAAAA